AUGUCAUCCAGGACGGUUGGAACAACACCGAUCGAGGCAGCCCAAAGCAUUCAAAGCGAUGAGGAGUGGGACAUGGAUUUGGUGGAUUCCUUCAGUUCCGAGGAGCACGACGGCAGGGUCGCCACACUGAGCGGGGAGGAGGAAGUGGAGGUCAUUGUGAAGAACAUCCGGGAUCCGCAAGAUUUGUGUGCCAUUCCCUCCAAUGUGCAGAGGCAUUGUACAGACAUUGGUGGGCUGGUGAUAUAUUUUGCCUUUUCAGCUCUAGUGGUCUACAUUACUGUUUGGGUUUGGCCUCGAGGGAGGCCCGGUGCAUUGUUGAGACUGCCAGACUGGCAAGGGGAGCAUUGUGGCCUCGGAUACAAUCACGAGAAGCCACUCUUGUUUUUCUGUCCGCGCUGGCAAAAUCCCAAGCACCUCCAGAUCUGGUAUCCAGUUUGUGUGCAGAGUUGCCCAGAGGAAGGUGAAGAUCUGGUUUGCCCCAUGAAUCUCAAACACACGACGACCACCACCACCACCACCACCACCACUACAGCCAGUGAGGACUUCUAUCAUCCCAUUCAAAGCUCCAUGAAUGGUGGAUUGCCUUACCCGCCUUAUCCAAUGAAUGGAGCCUAUUCUCAAUAUCCACCACAACAAUCCUAUGAGUAUCCCUUCUACCGCCAGCAGCCCGCCUACCCUCCCAUGAUCUAUCCUCCUCAAGGCCCUGAAGGGCACGAGUUGAGCUACGACCUACCCCCUGGUGCCGCGGCAGAUCCUUGGCAUUCGUCGCCCGGACUGCCCAGCUGGCCGGCAGGGCGACAACUGGCGAGUGGAGAGACGAUCAUCUUCAGCGAUUGGAGAGGCAACUUCACCCUUUACAGGACGAAAUCGUAUCCAUCAGCUGCCUUUGUUGAUAUGGUGUGCAAGCCGUGGGACAAGCACUUGGAACAGCAAGUGCAGAAAUGGAUAGACCAAACUCCAUUGGUGAAUACCUGGGCUACAUUGAUCAAUUCUUAUUGGCCCUUGUUGGUGACGGCUGGCACUGGGAUUGUGAUGAGCUAUGUUUACAUCACUCUCCUGCGCUUUCGAGCAGAGAUGCUGGUGCAAACGGGCAUGAUCAUCUUGGUGCUGGUGCCACUGGCCACGGGUGUCUACUUCCUUUGGUGUUGGAAGAGCCACGGUCAGUGCUGGGGAAGCACCGGUGAUAGGCUCUCAGAUGGACUGACGGCGCUGGGCGGGGUCCUCGUGGGACUCACCUUCAUGAGCAUCUCCUGGCAUUUGGAGCAAGACAUUGACCUGGCCAUUGAUUGCAUCGAAUGGUCCUGCAAGGCAGUGCUGGAGACUCCUUCGCUGAAGUUAGAGCCCUUGCUGGCACUCGCUUUUCGCUGCCUGGUGGAUCUCUUUGCUGCCAGCGUGGUCGCGCUGAUCCUCACCUCCGACCUGGAGAACGACGAGGUCCGCCACCGGGAAUAUCGCUGGAUCAUCCCGCCUCAGUCCCUGCUGCAGAUCGGCCAGAUGCUCACCAUCGGCUUUUGGUGCUUGUGGACGAACUGGAUCAUUACGGCCAUCUCUGAUUUUGUGAUCAUGUACACAACGGAGCUCUGGGCAUUCACUGGUGGCCUCACCAAAAGAGGCCACGCACCCUGCUGCUCCAUCUUGCGCGGCUAUUUCGCAUGUCUCAGAUAUCACUUUGGCACCAUGGUCGUGGGUGGAUUGGUGGUGGGCGCUGCUCAGCCCUUUCGGCUCUUCUUUGCUGUGUUGAGUACGCUGAUCAAGUUUGACCGGAGAGCCGUUGGAAUCAUCAGCCUGUUUUGUGACUGUGUCGUGCAGGUCUACAUGGACUAUUUGGAGCCCUGGUGCCGCAAUGCGUACAUGGAUGUGGCACUGAACUCUUACUCCUUUGUUCAAUCAGCACUGCACGUCUCAUGGGUCAACAACGGGGAUUUCGUUGACACGGUCCAUGUCUUGAAUGGUGCCACCUGGCUUUUUCAGCUGGCAGGUUUGGGAGCGAUCACUUCGUUGGGCCACUUGCAGGUUUGUGUGAUUCUCAAAUACUAUCCUGGCUUUGAAGAUCCCUAUAGCCCGGCCUAUGUGCAAAACCCGUUCUUGCUGUCGAUCUGUGGCUCUGCAGUUGCUUUCAUCACAGCCUUUCCAUUUAUGAUGAUUUUUGACACGGUGUCUGACACCAUCCUCUAUGUGUAUCUAGUGCAGAAGAUGCGAGAGGAGAGGGAGGAAACACCCACCAUCUACACCAAAGCCUGGAGCUUGGCCGAAUUUGUGGAUGACUUUAUCGGAUUGCAUUGCUUGGACCAUGAUAAGAAGGACUAUUCCAUGCCGACCUUCUUGGACGAUGUCGAGGAGCGGCGAAAGCAACGGCUUGAAGAGCGCCAAGGGCGAAAUCGCUCGACCGAGAGCACGAAAUUGAAGGAGGAAGAGGCCGUAGAUCAAGCCGAGAACAAGGGCUAUGAUGAGUCCUCGGACACGGAGGGUUCCAGCGACCGGAACGAGCCUGAUCCCAAGCCGGUGCAGCGCAGUGCGCCGAAGAGGAAUCUCAAGGAUCCGUUGGAUCUCGGAGAGAUCCCCUCCACGGUGCCCAGGCACUGCACAGACCUAACUUGGUUAUUGAUGUACUUGAUCUUCUCCACGGUGGCAGUGUACAUUGCUGUUUGGGUUUGGCCACUUGGGCAGCCCACCGCUUUGCUGAAGUUGGCCGACUGGCAAGGGGUCCAUUGCGGCCUGAGCCGGAACCGAGGGAAACCGCUGCUCUACUUCUGCCCGCGCCAUGAGGGCUCGACGAAUUUACAGAUGUGGUAUCCGAUUUGUGUUUCGACCUGCCCUCAGGGCGAGAAGCUGCUGUGCCCCAAAAAUCUCAGACACACAACAACCACCAGCACUACCACACAGCUGACGACCACCACAACAGAGGACUUCUAUCACGCCAUCCAAGACUCCAAGAAUGGAGGCUUGCCUUACCCACCAUAUCCAAUGACAGGUGCAUACUCACAAUAUCCGCCGCGGCAGUCCUUCCAGUAUCCCUACUAUCGGCCCUCCUCGAACUAUGCUCCGGUCAUCUACCCGCGAGCUCACGCCUCUGGUCCGCCAGAGGACUGGGGAAGCCCCGAAAUGAAUUACGCCCUACCUCCAGCAGCGAAGUCAGAAUAUCCAUGGCUUCCCAGGAAAGCUGAUGACUCAAAAGCAGCUCGUGCACCUCAUACACCUCAUGCCGAUGCAACUGCAGAUGCUGAUGCGAAGCGUUCCCUACCUCCAGGUGCUAUGACCACAGAUCCAUGGUCGAUGAGCCCGCGACGGCUGGGUCAGAGCGUGAACAACGACGUGGUGCACAGCGACUGGCGGGGCAACUUCACGCUUCACAUCCUGAGCUCCUAUCCCAGUGCGCCUUUCGUGGACAUGGUGUGCAAACCUUGGGUGACGGAGCUCGAAGAGCAAGUCCGGGACUGGAUCGAUGAGACUCCAUUGGUAAAUACCUGGGCAACAUUGAUCAACUCGUAUUGGCCAUUACUGGUGGCAGCUGGCACUGGAGUGGUGAUGAGCUAUGUCUACAUCACACUUCUGCGCUUCAGAGCUGCGAUGCUCGUGCAGCUUGGGAUGGUGAUGCUCUUCCUGGGGCCGCUGACGACAGGUGCCUACUACAUGUGGUGCUGGAAACAUGAUGGCUACUGCUGGGGAAGUACCGGCUCAAAACUCUCGGAUGGAUCGGUGGGUUUGUCCGGGCUUGUGAUUGGCAUCACUUUCAUGAUGAUCUCUUGGCGCUUGCAGCAGGAUAUCCGCUUGGCGAGUACUUGCAUCGAAUUCUCCUGCAAAGCUGUGCUGGAGACGCCAUCCUUGAAGUUGGAGCCUGUGCUGGCGCUUUGCUGUCGUGGGUUGGUGGAUGUUGCCUCCGCGGCAGUGGUGGCAAUGAUCUUGACCUGUGAUCUGCAAAAUGACGAGGUCCGACGUCGAGAAUUCCACUGGAUUGUUCCACCACAGUCCUGGCAACAGAUUGGAAUGCUCACAGUGAUUGCCUGGUGGUGCAUGUGGACCAACAUGAUCAUUACUGCCAUGGCUGACUUUGUGAUCAUGUACACGACCGAGCUCUGGGUUUUUGCGGGCGGCCUCACGAAAAGAGGUGGGCACGCCCCAUGCUGCUCUAUUCUGCGAGGAUACUACGUAUGCCUCAGAUAUCAUUUUGGCACCAUGGUGGUUGGUGGUUUGGUCGUGGGAUGCCUUCAGCCCAUCCGCUUGGCCUUCGGGCUGAUGGCCGGCCUCGUCUCCUUCGAUCGGAACUCCGUGGGCCUCGUCAGCUGUUUUUGCGACUGCGUCGUGCAGGUCUACAGGAAUUCUUUGGAGCCGUGGUGUCGUAAUGCAUACAUGGACGUGGCGCUCAACUCCCGCUGUUUUCAUGAAUCGGCCUGGCAUGUUUCAUGGGUGAAUGCCAAGUUCAUGACUGCCGUGAAUAUCUUGAAUGGCGCAACCUGGCUUUUUCAGCUAGCAGGUUUGGGGGCGAUUACUUCCCUGGGCCAUUUGCAAACUUGCGUCAUCAUCAAAUACUACCCUGGCUUCGAAGACCCUUACAGCCCGGACUAUGUGCAGAAUCCUUUCUUGCUAUCGAUUUGUGGCUCUGUCGUUGCUUUCACCAUGGCCUUCCCCUUCAUGAUGAUCUUCGACACAGUGAGUGACACCGUGCUUUUUGCUUACAUCGUGCAAAAGAUGCGCGAGGAGAAAGAGAAGGUUCCCACGGUCUACUCGCGAGCGUGUGGUUUCAUCGAGCGCGUGGAUGAUUUCAUUGGAUUGGGCUGCGUCGAGCAUGAUCACACGGACUACUCGAUGCCCAAGUUUCUCUUGAGUGAAUUUGAUGAAGAAGCUGUUGAGGUUGGGCUUGUGGACCCUACGAAGUGA